GCCAUUCAGAUCAUUUUGUUGUCUACAACCAUCCUGAGACCCUUUCUAAGUGAACAAAAAAGCCAGCAGCUGAAAGAGAAAGAGAACUAGAGAGAGAGAGAGACGGAGAACUGCAUCUUCAUUGGGUGAGGAAGACUUCACUAUCCAGCCGGUUGCCAUGAGAUUCCCCAAGCUGCCCAACCCAGGUCUGGAUGACCGGAUCCCGUCUCAUAAGGAGCUGGAGAGGAUGGAGAAAGAGGAGGCUGGGGACAGGCCCAAAUGGGACAACAAGACCCAGUACAUGCUGACCUGCGUGGGCUUCUGUGUGGGGCUGGGGAACGUGUGGAGGUUCCCUUACCUGUGUCAGAGCCAUGGAGGAGGAGCGUUUAUGAUCCCGUUCCUGAUCCUGUGUUCCCAGGAGCGUUUAUGA